AUGAUGCCUCGGGGGACUCGGCCAGUGACAGCGCAAGUGAAGCAAGCGAUGAUUCUGAGAGUGCAAGUGUUGAGACCCCCAAGAAGGGCAAGAAGAGCAAGAAGAACAAAAAGGAUAAGGCAACCAGAAAGAAAGACGCAAAGCGCGGCAAGACAAAGAGCAAGAAGCCCUCCAAGUCUCCAUCCUCAACGGCAAGCGCCCCCAAGAAAGCGAUCGAGAAAGCUGGCGAGGUCUUGUCCCAGCUCCUCCGCGUCCAGACUCGGGUUAGUGAGAAGCAUGCCUGUAGAUUGGCGGCGGCAAUGCAUCGGGAGCUGGAGGCAAGCAAUCCUAUUGAAUCUUCCGAGUUCAUAUAUCGUUUGGAGAGGCUUCAUUCCACGGGUCAUGACAACAGGUUCGAAAAGAAAUGUUGAUCACAACUUUUUGGGGAGCAGCUACCUGUCGAGAUUCCUCUUUUCUGUUUUGCUAGCUCGCACCUACUUGCGCAAGAAAGCGAUUCUUCACAACUUGUUGGACGCAUGGGCUUCGGAUCUCAAGGAAUGCUAUGAGAAUGGGAUUCCCGUUAAGAAUGUUCCAGGCAUGGACAAGAUCUAUCCGGUGAUCAUUGCUUGCAAAGGCGAUUGGCCUGCCUUAACCAAGGCAGGAAGAUUAUGUAGACAUCAUCUUCGUGAUUCUCGUGGAAAUACAGAUUCCCCGCCGGGGAUCUGUCACUUAUGCAGGGCUGGCCAAAAGAACUUCAGGUGGAAUGAAUUUCGCUCUGAUGCCCGCUGGCUCCAUGCUGACAACCCUUUACCAUGGAAUAUUCCAUCGCCCUUGUCAAGAAUUCCGCAGAACCCGAAUGACCUUGCUGGCUUUUAUGCUGUUGAUCUUUUUCAUGUUUGUCAUAAAGUGGUUGUGGCUGACUAUGUUGCUUCGGCGAUCGUAACCCUAUCUGAUCAGGGAUGCCUGGGUUCAGGGGCCUUCGAAACCCGUAUGCAGCGCUUCUAUGAUGAUGCAAAAGAAUGGAGAUGGUUCAAAGGAGCUGACACGACCCUCCUGGCCCUCUACCUUGAAACUUUCUAUGCGAAGAUUCUAGCUGAUUGCUCCGAAGAGGUGGAGAAUGUUUUGACGGUCAUCUAUGACGGACUGGUCGCGGUCAAUCGCUUCAUGACAGCUAGCUAUCACGAAGCUUUAUGGGUCAAGUCACAUCGUGCUUCUGAGAUUUCAGUACAAGGCAUGGCUUUCAUGGAGUGGUUUAACGAGGCUGCGAUGGAGGCACUACGUCAAGAAGUGACUUCGUGGGCCGCAUAG